CAUUGACUUCACAGCGUACAAAGGAAAAAAGUACAUCAUGCCUGGCAAUAUCUACCACAAACACCAAGACUACGAAAACUAUGAACACAGACUGGAUUCAUUCAACGGAUGGGCACAUGGGGACAAAGUUCAACCUGAAGAACUCGCGUCCGCGGGGCUGUUUUACACAGGAACAUACGAUUUUGUAAAGUGUUUUUCAUGUGGUACUGGGAUACGUAACUGGGAACACGGCGAUGACCCCUGGAUAGUGCAUGCACAGUCGCUUCCAAAGUGUAACUAUGUUGCAGAAGUUAAAGGAUCCGAGUUCAUCGAUGCACAUGUAGAACAAAAUGUCGAACAUCCAAAUGACGAGGAAGAGGAUAACGCACCCAACGGUUUGAUGCCUUGUCGAGUGUGUAUGAACAAGAAUUCAAACACGGUGUUCGUACCAUGUAGCCACAUGGUCACAUGUGAAACUUGUGCACCAGAAGUCGGUCAGUGCGUUGUGUGUCAAGCUCCCAUAAUUGAACGCAUUAGAGCGUAUAUGCCAUGAUUACGUACUGAUACUUUAAACUGAACUGAAGAAACAGAUACAUAGAAAAUAUGUAUGAAUGAAUGUGAUAUUGCAUUAUAUAUAACGUGAAGUAACAUUUUCGUCUCCUUUACGGUUUUAUGAGUUAUGUUUUGAAACUUAUUGAUUUAGACAAAUAAAGGAAGGAAAAGUUUCA